AUGGCGGCCGGAGUCGCGGCCUGGCUGCCUUUUGCCCGGGCUGCGGCCAUUGGGUGGAUGCCAGUGGCCAACUGUCCCAUGCCCCUCGCCCCCGCUGACAAGAACAAGCGGCAAGAUGAACUGAUCAUCCUCAACGUGAGCGGGCGGAGGUUCCAGACCUGGAGGACCACGCUGGAGCGCUACCCGGACACGCUGCUGGGCAGCACGGAGAAGGAGUUCUUCUUCAACGAGGACACCAAGGAGUACUUCUUCGACCGGGACCCGGAGGUCUUCCGCUGUGUCCUCAAUUUCUACCGCACAGGCAAGCUGCACUACCCGCGGUACGAGUGCAUCUCAGCCUACGACGACGAGCUGGCCUUCUACGGCAUCCUGCCCGAGAUCAUCGGCGACUGCUGCUAUGAGGAGUACAAAGACCGAAAGAGGGAGAACGCCGAGCGCCUCAUGGACGACAACGACUCGGAGAACAACCAGGAGGCCAUGCCCUCGCUCAGCUUCCGCCAGACCAUGUGGCGGGCCUUCGAGAACCCGCACACCAGCACCAUGGCCUUGGUCUUCUACUACGUGACUGGCUUCUUCAUCGCCGUCUCGGUCAUCACCAACGUGGUGGAGACGGUGCCGUGCGGCACGGCGCCCGGGAGUAAGGAGCUGCCAUGCGGGGAGCGCUACUCCGUGGCCUUCUUCUGCCUGGACACGGCGUGCGUCAUGAUCUUCACGGUGGAGUACCUCCUCCGGCUCUUCGCUGCCCCCAGCCGCUACCGCUUCAUCCGCAGUGUCAUGAGCAUCAUCGACGUGGUGGCCAUCAUGCCGUACUACAUCGGGCUGGUCAUGACCAACAACGAGGACGUGUCUGGCGCCUUUGUCACGCUCCGGGUCUUCCGCGUCUUCAGGAUCUUCAAGUUCUCCCGCCACUCCCAGGGCCUGCGGAUCCUGGGCUACACGCUGAAGAGCUGUGCCUCCGAACUGGGCUUUCUGCUCUUCUCCCUCACCAUGGCCAUCAUCAUCUUUGCCACUGUGAUGUUUUAUGCCGAGAAAGGCUCCUCGGCCAGCAAGUUCACGAGCAUCCCUGCCUCCUUUUGGUACACCAUCGUCACCAUGACGACACUGGGAUAUGGAGACAUGGUGCCCAAGACUAUUGCAGGGAAGAUCUUCGGCUCCAUCUGCUCUCUGAGUGGCGUCCUGGUCAUUGCGCUGCCAGUGCCUGUGAUUGUUUCCAACUUCAGCCGGAUCUACCACCAGAAUCAGAGAGCUGACAAACGCAGGGCACAAAAGAAAGCCCGUCUUGCCAGAAUCCGCGUGGCCAAAACAGGCAGCUCCAAUGCCUACCUGCACAGCAAGCGUAACGGGCUCCUCAAUGAGGCCAUGGAGCUGAUGGGCACCCCGGAGGAGGAGCAUCCGGGCAAAGCCACCUCACUCAUCGAGAGCCAGCACCAUCACCUGCUGCACUGCCUGGAGAAAACCACUGGGUUGUCCUAUCUUGUGGAUGAUCCCCUGUUAUCUGUACGAACCUCAACCAUCAAGAACCAUGAGUUUAUUGAUGAGCAGAUGUUCGAGCAGAACUGCAUGGAGAGCUCAAUGCAGAACUACCCAUCCACGAGAAGCCCCUCCCUGUCCAGUCAUCAGGGCCUCACGACCACCUGCUGCUCCCGCCGUACUAAGAAGACUACGCACCUGCCCAACUCCAACCUGCCAGCCACCCGCCUGCGCAGCAUGCAAGAGCUCAGCACGAUCCACAUCCAGGGCAGUGAGCAGCCUUCCCUAACCACCAGUCGCUCCAGCCUUAAUUUGAAAGCAGACGACGGACUGAGACCGAACUGCAAAAUGUCCCAGAUCACCACGGCCAUCAUCAGCAUCCCCACCCCCCCAGUGCUGACCCCGGAGGGGGAAAGCCGGCCGCCCCCUGGCAGCCCGGGCCCCAACACGAACAUUCCCUCCAUAGCCAGCAACGUUGUCAAGGUCUCCGCCUUGUAA